CCCCAAACGCGGAAGCGAGGCGGUUUGAAGCGCUGACAGGCCGGGGCGUGCUCUCGCGCGCCAUGGCGGAGCUUGUCGCCUACCGCUGCAUCGAGUGCAACAGGGAGGCGGCGGAGCUGUACCGAGACUACCAGCGCGGGGUGCUCCGUAUCUCCAUCUGCAAAUCCUGCCAGAAACCUGUGGAUAAAUACAUUGAGUAUGAUCCUGUUAUCAUCUUAAUUAAUGCUAUUUUAUGUAAAGCACAAGCAUACAGGCACAUUCUUUUCAAUACAAAGAUAAAUAUUCAUGGGAAGCUCUGCAUAUUUUGUUUGCUCUGUGAAGCUUAUCUCAGGUGGUUGCAACUACAGGAUUCAAGCCAAAAUACAGAUCCUGAUGACUUAAUCAGAUAUGCUAAGGAAUGGGAUUUUUAUAGAAUGUUUGGUAUAGCUUCUUUAGAACAAACUUCAUUUUUGUUUGGCAUUUUCAUUACUUUAUGGUGGAUGAGACCUGAGAUGCUGAAAACAAAGUCUGACUUCAUUUUACUUCUCAAAGCACUACUGUUGUCCAGCUAUGGAAAGCUUUUGCUAAUUCCAGCUGUUAUUUGGGAGCAUGACUACACACCUUUGUGCCUUGCAUUUAUAAAAGUGUUUGUUUUGAUAUCAAACUCUCAGGCAAUUAGAGUUACCUUGAACUUGAACCGAAUGCUCCCUUGGCUGGCCAUCUUCUUUGGAUUAAUUUUGGAAAAUGGUGUGGUCUGCUUGUUCCAGAAAAUGGGAUGGGAUAUUUGAAACAGCAGCCCAGAUCUGAAGAAAUACCAACAAUGUGAUAGUUGUUUUCUCAGAAUGAUCUUCGCCAGCAGGCUCCAAAGACACUAUUUUCAUAGUGAUAAAGAAGGUGAUAGAGAACAAAAUCUUGCAUUAGCAGUGAGUGUAGACAGUUUUAGCAUGAGUUAAAAUAAGAAACUUAAGAAGUUUGGCUAUUUAAUAUUGUGAGCUAUAAGACUUCAGCCUUAGCUUGUUUAUUUUCUCAUUAAAAAAUAUGGAUAUGUCACUGUCUUAAUAGCUUUAUAGAUCUGGCUGCAUUGCUAUGGCUGUAAUAAAAAAGGUACACUGAAAAAGUCAGCACUGCUACCAAUCACUGCAUUUUGUCAGAAAGAGGAGGAUGUAUUGAUCCCUGAAGAGGGAGUCAGCGGAAAAAUAUAAAAGCCAAAAUUGGUAUUUCUUCAAAAACAGAUUUUCAAAGAGAGAAGUGAACAUGCGUAAACAGUUUAUUAGAAAAAAAAAAUAUAAGUAUUGCAGAGUGAAACUACAGUGGGAAAACUAAUUUGCAUUCUCUGGAAUGUUUACGUGAAAACACAAAAUAAUAAAAUACUAGUUGUAGAGUAAUCUCUAGGAACUAUAGUUUUAACUGGCUUGAAAUUUUAUGUGAUCUCAUAAAUGCUGCUGCUUUGUUUUGAAAGCUGAAAAGAGAGUGAAAGGACUCUGAUCCCCAGCAUACAAGGUUGGUUGGGAUACCACUUGUGCAUUUACUGUUAAGCGACAUCCCCCACACUCAGCCCUUAUCUGGCAGCCGGUUUAGUGGAAGAAAAAAUGAAGUAUGAGGCUGCUUAGCAAUAGAGUAGUUCUUGUUAAAAAACAAAUACAACAAAACAAACAAAACACACAAUAUGUUUAGGCCUAAAUUAGUGAAGAACCAUUUAGAGAAGUUCUAAACCUUUUUCCGCAGUAGGCAAAGUGAGGACCAGAUGGCCCACAAAGCAGCUGGCAGAAUCAGUUUCUGCAAGACAGUAAUUAGGACACGAACCUACUUCUUUUGUGCAGACCACUUUCCGUUACAUUCUAUCCAGUGUUUAAUUCUCCUGCUUCAGUUCUGGAAGGCUGUACUAUGUAUAGGUACCACUUCCUUUCUUCAUGUUGUUCAGAUGCAGUCUCCCAUCUGUGUUUUGCAAAAUUCAUCAAAUAAUGUUUUGCAACAUCUUCAUGUUAAUUCCAAACAGGUUUAGAAUAAGUUUAGAUUAUGACCACAGAAGACAUCAGACACAUUUGUCUGAUUCAGCUGCCUGGGGCCACGGUAAGUUAUUCAGUUAGAAAAGCAAAUGGUUGCCAUUUGUGUUACACUUACCUCUUUCUGAGCAUGUAGAGAAGGCAAAAAAACCCAAAUGUCAACCAUUUAAAGUACAUGAGGCAGUUUAACACUGCAACUGCCCCACCAAACACAUAGUUGUGAAGGUGUAUGAGGGAUCCACCUUGUUACCGGUGUGAAUCAGCAUCCAGACAAUUGAGUGUAGGUGUGCAGUUGCUCACUCGCUGAGCAGCAGCUUUGGCAACACGUGCAUAGUACAUGCUUUGCUUUACAUGAUUAGAUUUGGGAGAUACUCUGCCCCGAAAAACUUUUUUAAACACACUGUGUUGCCAAAGGUACUUUGAGUAGUGCUCAUCUCCUUCCAACACCAGGACACAGUGUUGCAAAAGAGGCUGCAAGUUGAGAAAGGUGCAAAGCCAAGAGGCAGUAGAUCUUUUAUAGAAACUUCAGGGAUGCUGGUCUGGCCUGCUUUCAUUUUCCUCAUUGACUUUCUGCUUUGAGUUUAAGAGGGAAUGAAGUUGUGCUGCAGCAGAGAGGAUGACAGAAGAAUAUGCUGGUGCCUGCUGAGCCAAACUCUGUUUGUUAUUGUGGCUGUCAUCUGGCCUUUACUCAGCUCUCUGUUCAUCUUAGCAUGACCUUAGCAUUGAAGCUGAUAAGGUUUCUCACCAUUCUGUAUGACCCUGUUCAAGAAAUGUACAUUCUGUCUAACACUGAUUUUUUUUUCUCCUCCCCUUUAGUGAUGUUAACAACAGUGCUUUGGUUUGUUCCUCUUACAUUAGAUUGUUUGGUUUGGUUUUCUUUUUUUUCUUUUUUUUUGUGUGUUUUUGUUUGUUUGUUUUUUGUUUGUUUGUUUGUUUUGGGGUUUUUUUAAUUAACCAUAUGUGUCAUGGUUAUAUGCAAAAGGUAGGGUUUUUUUCAUAAAUUUUUCCCUUGUUUGCUCUGGCACUCAUUUCUGUCUAAAGGCUGAGUGGAGCACAUUUAAGUGUGACUAAUGCAAAGGGAAGAUUUUUGCAUUACAGGUAAUGUAAAUGUUACCUAGUCAGCAGCAAAAUUGUUGAUACAAUGUGUAUAACUUUUGUUCAGGGACAGUUUUCAUAAAGCUUAUUUUGAAUUAAAAAAAAGGUAUUUGAAGACAGGCUGACAGAGUUUGGGUUGUUCAUCCUGCAGAAGAGAGGGCUCCAGGGAGACCGUACAGGAGCUUUCCAGUACCUGAAGGGGACCUACAAGAAAGCUGGAGAGGGACUUUUUACAAGGGCAUGUAGCGAUAGGACAAGGGGUAACUGUAUUAAACUGAAAGAGGGCAGAUUUAGAUUAGAUAAAAGGAAGAAAUUAUUCACCCCAACGGUGGUGAGGCACGGGAACAGGCUGCCCAGAGAAGCUGUGGAUGCCCCAUCCCUGGCAGUGUUCAAGGCCAGGCUGGAUGGGGCUUUGAGCAACUUGGCCUAGUGGAAGGUGUCCCUGCCCAUGGCAGGGGGUUGAUAUUAGAUGGUCUUUACAGCCCCUUCCAGCCCAAACCAAUCUGUGAUUUCAGGACAUUUUCUGAAUUUUAUUCAGAAGACAUAGAAUGGACCUGAACACAUUCUGAAAGAAGAAAUGCUUAUCUGUUAUGCACAUAACAUAUCACUUUUGCACUUUCUAAUGCUGUCAAGCACCACCACUGUUCUUAUGCAACUUUGAGGAUGGAGAAGAAAAUUAAAAGCUACAAAUCUGGGAUGAAAGCAGGUGUUAUACAGGUUUUCAGUCUUCAGAGGCAUCGUUAUUAUCUAGUGACGUAGGACAUUCUGCCUUGUGUGGUUUUAUGGCUACUCAUAUAGGAGAAUUAAGAUGAUAACAAACGCACUAACAUUUCGUAAAUCUAGGGGAAGCUGAAGAAUGCCCUCUGUGCGUGGGGGCAGGUGUGUGUGCAUUUUUAAUGCCUUUGGAAAAGGGUUUCCAUAUGGUGCUUCAGAGACAACUGAAACACUUUCAAGUUCCUGCCUGUUUAAAACAGUCCUCUCCCUCUUUCUCGCUUUUAUUUCUUUUUGUCUUUUGACCUCCUAUUCUUUCGUAAAUUCUUUGUAAUGAAAUAGUCAUUGGCACUGGAAGAUGUAUUACAAAGAGCCUGCCCUUCCUAUAUAUCUUCAAUUGCUUCAUUAACUUAUGGGAAAGCAUUUACUUGGGUUAAAAGUAUAACAGCCUGCAAAAGAAUUUAGUUGAGUUCAUUGAGUUUUGCUUGGAAUCAAAAGGGAUAUCGUGGCCUAUGGGAAAAUCAUCUGCCUGUGGAGCAAAUUUCAGAAUUCUGUCACACAAAACGUGCAGGAGAACCAUUGAUGUUAUUCAGACUUGGGCUGAGCAAUAGUUUAGUGAUUGCGCAGUGGGAGCUGGGAACUUUAACUGGGUCCAUAGGUCAGGUAACAAGUAUUUAGAAAUUAUUCUAUACAAAAUUAGAGAAUGAGAGUAUGAACUAGAAAGGGUUAAAGAGAAUGUAGGUGUCAGGCAGAGUUGAGAAGACUAUAAAAACUAAGGGAAGAGAAUCUCAAGAAAAAUUAUGUAAGAAAAGAUGCAGUAUAGAUGAAUGUAUGAUUAAGCAAAUAUAUGAACACCCCACUCCUAAGUUUUCAAAGGAUGAACAUUAAGGCAUAAUAUGAAUUAUCAUAGAUAUUUUUGUAAUAGUCUAAGUGCUAACGUGAAAUGGCAAAGGAUGUCUUCCAAACACUAAAGUGUAUGGGUUUCUGUAGAAAAAUUACUGAUAGCCUCAUUACUUCAACAGUUUUCACUCCAUCCUUAAAAAUACACUUUUAUAAGCAGAACACCAAUUGUACAAAUAUAUAAUUGUUUACUGUGAACAGGAAGAGCUGUGCAACAGCAGGUUUUCUCCCUUUGUUCUGCAAUAGUGUGCGUGGCAUUAGGUGUUGCUGGUGGAGGCGAAGGCUGCUGCCCUUGUGACCUCGUGCAAGUACAGACAAGCGAGUCCUUUCUUCCUUGACAAGUUAUAUCUCAGGCAUAUAAAUUGCCAUUUGUUAGCCCAGUCUUCCCUGAAAGUAAAGUAGGACAUCUGCACUGGAAAACUAUUAGCAGCUGACUUCUCAUAAAACAAGAAAACCAUUGUUUUUCUGGAGCUUGCAUGCUUUUGCAGUCCAGCAGCACUCCCCCAGUUGGGUAGUGCUAAGCACCACAGUGCCAUCUGGAGUUGAGAAGUAAGGCACUAUUGUUUCCAGAAGUGGGAGAAACAUAAAAGCACUGUAAGUAUUUAUUUGAUGAAUUUUUAUUUCACAAAUUCAAGCUUUUAAAAGCUUUUAAAAUUAACAUUCAGUCUGGAGAAAUGUUAGGGUGAUGUUACUGAUGAAAAGCAGGUCACAGAAUACUUGUUUUGGUGCCUUGGUAUCAAGGUCAAUUCAAUAUAUACACCCUGAAAGCUAUAGAAUGCAAAUUAUUUUAGCAGCACAGCAUCUUUUUUUUAAGACAUAAGCGGUCCUGCAAGCUGGGAUUAUUCUGAGUAGCCUUGCUGAGCUCAGAAAAUUCAUGUGGCAAAAGACGUAGUGAAUGCAUUUCUCUGCUGCUAAAAGUCAAUAGGAAUUUUCUUGCUGAAUUAAUUUGAAACUCGGGUUGCUGCGGUUAGAAUUUGCAGCAAUUUACAGGAAUUUUUUCUCCUGCCUCUUAUAAUGUAUUUCUGACCUUCUUAGUCUUUCCAGUAAUGCUUACUAUGUUACUGAGGUGGCUAGAAAGAAGAUCUGAACAUGAGGAGCUUUUCAAAAUCUUUUUCCUAAACAUGAUCUGCUGUCCUAAAUUUGUAAAGCUCUUUUGAGCCCUGUGUAGAUAAAUGGCAGGUCUGCAAAGUGUGUAAGAAAUUCUGCCAAUGAUGUUUUCAAUUGCUGUUCAUUGGGAUAGUAGAUAUUGUUUGUGAUUUUUUUUUUUCCUGGGUAACAAUGUGGUUUAAAUUCCUUUACAUAAGUAGCAUAAGAGUGUGAACUCGUACAGUUUGUACAUGUGCUGACUGCUGCAGAAACAAAUCCAGAUGACCUUUGUAAUUUCUUACAAUCUCUAACUGUAAUUCUGAGUACAUUUUUAGGCAAAAGAACUGUUGUCCAUAAGCUGCACAGAGGUGCCUACCAUAGCUAUCUAAGCAGAGGAGUGGGGACCUGCGUUAACACCUGGAUCCUAAACCUGGGUAUAAGACCAACUACUGCUGCGACCUUGAGCAAGUCACAUAUGUGGCUCCGUAAAAUGAUUGUACCUCCAUCAUCACAGGAUUUGAGGGAGGAUUAAUCUGUUUAUAUCUGCUUAAAAAGAUGAAAAGCAUCAAGUCCUCUCAGGUGCAGGUUGUUGGGAGUCAGUCAACACCAUGAAUGUCAGACAUUGAAACAGCCAUGCCCGGAGCCAGAGAAUGUGAAUAUUGAAGGUGACAGCUUUAAAGUCUUUGUUAUGUUAAGGGAAGCUUUAAUUCUGACCUUUGCUGGCAUACCAUUCUAUGACAUAGGUAUCUUAAGACUUUUAUGGGUGUGUGCAACAAACCACAAAUCCCUUAUUGUGGAUUUUAAGUUACGGCAGCUGCUUUGUGACAAAAUAAAUCUGAAAAUAGUUAAAAAACUUGGAGGGGAGGGAGCUGGCACAUUAACUGAUCUUUCAGCUAUCUGAAAGGAAAAUUAAGGUAUCUUAUUUGACUGUUUUAGGCUUUGAGGUAGAGAGCAUAGGUAGGUCUUGUGUAUUUAUUUUUUUUUUUAGUUUCAAACCAGUGGUAUAUUUUCAGUAAGUGAACCAGGCUACAUUGCACAAAUUUAAGCAGGAAAACAAAAUCUCAACAACACAGAAGCACUUCUACUUACCCUGCACACUCUUCUCAGAACUGCUAAUUCAGUCUAUAAGAAUUUGUGGGUGUUACUUUCAUGGUGAUUCCCAGCCACACGUGCUGUGGUCUAUCCGAUGCUAUCAUACAUGCAUCACUCCUACACUUUGAUCCCUUCGGUCUCUGACUUCACUUCCAGUAUAAAGCUUUUGUUCCAGUCUUCAAAGCCACUGAUGUAUCAUGUCUUGGCUACAGCAGAGAUAGCAUCUCUAUCUCAGUAGGAGUACAGUGUUCUUUUGAUCACCAGAAAUCAAAGCCAACAAAAGUGUAACAAUAACUAGGAAGAAUACAUUCUCUAUUGAGAUCAGCCACUGCCUAAUAAAGUGCCACAUACCAGGGCCAGGAAGAAUCGCUUGUACUUUGCAGGAUGGGGAGCAAAAGUGAAUGUAUCACUUUGAGCACAGUCUUUAUAAUUUUUUUUUUUUUCAACAACAGGAAUCUUUGUUUCCCUAUGAGGACAUUUCUCCUGCUUAAUAGUGUGGCAAUGGCAGGUGGGUUGUACAGCAAGGAGAACAUAAUUCAUCUCUCACUCAUUCGAUCCUGGGAGAGAGCAAAAUGAAAAGACAAUGCUGAUUAGCAAAGAAUUUUUUCAGCAAGGUUGGACAGAUUAUUCAAACCCUUUCCUUUGGAAAAGCAAAUUAACUUUGUUGUGGAUUAACACAAUGGUAGGUAUGCAUUUUUUUACAUAACCACAUGAUAAGACCUAGUUUGUAUUAAAACUCACAUCUUUGCAAACUUUAUUUUAUGCUACUUUAAGUGGAUUUUUUGCUAAAACAUUUCUGCUCAAUUGAAUUGUGCAAUUUGUCUAACUGAUGUGUGUGUGUGUGUGUGUGUAGAUGGAGAGGGAAGGUCAAUCCUAUUCUUAGAGCCUGUGCAUUUUCCGACUUAGCUGUGUAUGAAAUUGUGCAGCUUCGGACCAUAUAAAGGUCUUACACUGAAAGAAAAGGCCACCUGGGACAGAGGCACCUUAUCCUCAUCAUAGUUUGACUUUUGUGCAACAGGACAGAUUGUAUCAGUUAAAAAGAGAGUCAUGUCCCUGAUAAAACAGUGUUGGAAACAUGUACAGAUCAUGUCUCCCUUCCCUUGUUGUUACUCAUCUGCUUUCAUUUAAAAUAAUGCCAGUGUGGUGAUGCUAAUCUGAUUGAGCCGCAGGAGUGCUUUAAUACAAAGUUUAGAGAGGUGGUUUUAAUCCUGUACAGAACAUUCUGACAGAGGAUGGCAAAACAGGAAGCCCUCUUGUGCAGAUCCUUCCUCACUGCCAGGGCAGGGUGGAAGAUGCUGUCUGUAAUUUCAUGCCAUUAUCCCAAAAAGUGCUGGCUCCUCUAAAUUUCUUUGCAACAGCUGCUGCUGGAAGCUUAGCUCUUUGUCCUGAGCUGUGGCAGCUGCCUCUGCUGAUGGGAAGAGUUUUGUUUUCACGGAUUUGGAUGGCGCUAGAAGUGAACUUGGAGGUCAUCUGGUCCUUCCUCCAGCUGUGAGGCUGGACAGGCGCUCUUGACAGAUGUUCUCAGUGACAGACAGAGAUCUGGCUCUGAGAUACAACAGCUAAGCUGCCUGUCCUAAAUUAGGGGGCCUGUCAGCUUUUACUGCGUGCAGCGGCAAUUUGAUGCCCGGCUGUUUUUCAGCUUUUCACCUAUGGCCAUUUAUUCAAGCCAUAUGAUUGUGUGAAAGUAUAAGAUUUUACUUGAGGGAUCCAUUGUGAAGGUGGUGGCUUGAUCUUUUAGUAAGUGUGUGUCCUCUGUUUUUAUUCUCCUGCUUGAGCAGUUCACAUUUUCUGCUACCCCAUCACAGCCUUGCUCAGCCAACAUCAUGAAAAUAAGUUUCCUUGGCUGUAGAACUGCAAAGCGUUUAGGAGUUUUGAAUAAAUAAGGCAGCCUGUACCUCUUCAAAUCAACGACAGGCUUCUUGUAAAGACUCAUGCAUGGGAUUAAAGAAAUACACAAAAAUAUGAUCACUGCCUACAAACUGAAGCGUUUAAUUCAGAAAGGAAUGAGCAAACAAGCAUAGUGAAUUGAGAUCUCUGUUCUUGGAGAAUAAACACAUCUGUACAAGCUCCCUUCUAAUUUGCAAAAGAAAUUGUAGUGUAAAUGUCCAUAGUUGGCACACUUUUAAGACACUCUUACAAAUUGAUGUAUGCGGUAACAGUGAGAUAUGCUCGGCUUCCCUAAUACUGAUUGAUGUAUUUUGUCCAUACACACCUGCAUUUGAAGGCAUAGAAAAGAAUUUUAUUCUCUGUGAGAAGAAGUGACACUGAAAGCUUAGAGCAGCCCUGCAUUUGCAACAGAGAUACAAAGGACUUUUUGAAUGACCAGCUAGUGAUAAAUGGCAGAGAAAAAAAAGUCCUAUUGUGUAACCACAUAAAGCGCUGGAGACAAGACAAAUCUAUUUACAUAUGAAAACUCAGACCUCAAGCAAAUCUUAUGGAAAAAGACGAGAGAUGGGAUAAAAUAAAUGCAUAAAACAGAAUUCCUUCUUCCCCACAGAGAUUACUGCCAAGUCUACCUUUCUCAUUUAUCAUUAAAUUCUAAUCCUUUAUGCGACUGCAGUGAUGGUCCCAAAAUACACUCAAGCGUUGUUCAUAAAUGUUUUUCCUCUUCUAAACCUGCACACUGAGAGAGGUAUAAAUUAUGUAGUGAAUAGGUGCUAUAUAUUCCGUUUCUCUCUACAGGUCAUAUUGCAUCAUGCAUUAUAUUUAAGAAAAUGCUUCUCCAAUUUUAGCAACAUGACUAAGUAUCGGUCAGAAAGAGCAAGGGUAAUUCGAAAGAUAACAAGGCAAGAUUCUGUGUUAUUUGUACAACAUUAAACUGAAGAAAAAAGGAACAUUGAAACUCUUAGAAUAUUGAUAUGCUGUGUUCAUACAGGAUAAAAACCAAAUGGUAACAGGUCUUUGAUAUUCUAGUGCUAUGAGAAAUUAAUUUCUACUCUGACUUGAUGUAUUGUCUUUCUUUCAGCUGAUUCUGAUAAAAUAUUUUUCCUCUAUACCAAAUAGCUUUUAAUAUUUCAGUAGUUUACAUUUUGUGUAAUGUAGCAUGUAAAAAAAAUAUUGCAUUAUACGAACAGCCCAUGAUGUUAUUUAAUCGUAAUGGAACAAGUUAGAAAUGUGGUCCUGUUUAAGCUUGUACGUUACCUGUUCAAAACUUUGCAUCGCUCCUUGUUAAUUUGCUUCUGCAUGCCCUGCUUGAACCUUCCUGUAUAUUAGGCAACCCUAAUGAAAUUGUAGGCCAUGAGGGCUUUUAAUACAAAUAAUUAGUGCAACAGGUUUUUGUUAAAUUUCAGAUUCAGUUAAACUGAAGAACUGGAAAGUGUUGCGAGAGAAAUAAUAAAAUGUACUGUUUGUAUGGGC